GCAGCCGAACGCAAGGCUCAGGCUGAGAUAGCAGAGGCCCUUUCGAACGGGGCAGGUGAGGCGCCACCGAGGCGAUCGCAGUCGGAAAGCGCCCUGCAGAAGCCGAAGACCCUCGACGCAAAGGACACGUACGCGCCCAUCAAGGAGAACAUGAAGCCUUUCGUGGAGAAACAAGGCAAGCCACGCAUCAGAGCUAUGGAGGCCGGAGAGCGAUUGCACUUCUUCAAUACCCUUCACAACAAGUACCACAUGAAGGCUGGUGGCAAGAACCUGGAGUGGAAUGUUUCCAAGCAGACCCACCGAAGUACCAAGAAUGAGCUGAACUGGAUCUUGUCCAACUACUUCCGCACUGACUCGCAUGCUGUCCUAAAGGGAGCAGGGCACGACUGA